UUUCUCUGAAUAGAAAACUAUUUCUGCGGGGCACAUAACAUAGUCUCUGUGAUUGGACCAGUUGCUGAGUGAACACCAUCUCUCUCUGUGUCAAGAUUACUGUUAAUUGAGUUCCAAUCUCCAGGUUGCAGAACCACUCUAUCUAUUUGUUUGGUGACCUGCCCACUGGACUUUUCUCAGGGGGUGAAGUAUGGUAAUCAGAACCAACAAGAUCCAACAUCUUAUAGGUUUCCUCCUGCUUUGUAUUGCAUUAUCCUGCAAUGCAGCAGUUUCUGGAGAUGGAGACAAUACAACCUACGUGAAUAUGACGACUGAAUCUUAUGGAAAUGUGACAAAUGGAAUGGAAAUACCAGAAAAUUUCUCCUGUCAGACAUUUAACUGCUCAGGUUUCGAGUGUUAUGAAGGCCAGUACAAAUGGGAGGAAUGUCCCUGGACUCACAUGUACUGUGAGCUUCACCGUUCCUCCAACACCUCGUACUGGGCAGGUUGCAGUAACAACUGUGCUGGCACUGACAACAUCUGCUGGAAUACCUCACAGACCAUGUGUACAAUGGAGUGCUGUAACGGAACUCUCUGCCUGAUGCUGAAUGGCACAAUCCAAGAAAUACCCUGGGAUUACGAAAUGACGGACAAACCUACGACUGAAAUAACUGAAUUUACAACUAUGGAAACAACACCAACCACACCAACCACACCAACAACACCAACAACACCAACAACUGCUGCAACGACAAUAGGCAGUGGCAAUAAGUGUCAUCUGAUCAACUGCAUUGGUGAUACCUGCUACCAAAGCCAAAAUUCACAACAAGAAUACUGCUCUGUGGAUGAACCGUACUGCAAGCUGGAAAAGGAGACAAAUAGCAACAUAUGGACAAGUGGCUGUGACGAGAAUUGCAACACAGUCUCAUCUGGUUGUUCUUCCAGCAGCGGUGCAUCAACCUGUAUCCAGGAGUGUUGUGAGGCAACCACUGACUCCUGUCUGAAGCUAGAUGGACAAGAAAAUUUAAUUGGAUCUGCAAGUAUGACGCAGUCUGUGAAGGUGAUUGUGUAUGCAGUUGCUAUGUUUGCUUUGGCUAAUCACUUUGCACCCUUUAGUUUUUAAAAGCAGGAGCCAAUAAUUCACACCAGACUUUAUAUAUUCAAGACAUAAUUCGGACAUCAGCAUAAAACUGCAUAAGCCUUUUUAUGUCAGUAUUCAAAGUGAGCAGACUUUUCUGUGAAACUAAUCAGCCUUAAUAUAAUUAAGACAACAGAUCUCUCCACCCACAAGUGGAUCUGUUUCAAUUCUGAGUUGAGGUAAUGGUUCUGUCUUUCUCACCAUUGCUAAAAAGAUCAAGGGUUUCAAGUAUAAAGAUUGGGAAGAAGACAGAAGAAAAAAAUCAAAAUCAAAAUAUUAAAAGGAUCAUGAAUGCUUUCAUGAUGUAAACACCAUAGGAAUCUUACCAUAUUAAAUGUUACAGUCUCAAAAUAUUUGGGUAACAUUGAUCUUCAAUACACUUAUUGGCUUUAACAAGGAACAUUGAAAUAACCAACAAAUUCAUACUAAUUGUAAAAGACAGCAAGCCAGUUUUUUUACUAUUUAUGUUUUAACAAAGUUGCUUUAUGGGCUCCUCAAUGGGUGAUGCAAAAUGGGUGAGAAAAUGGACACUGUCUCCUUGCCAAUCUUAAAAAAUACUGUCAACCAUAGGCCAAAUCUAGCAGAGGCAGCAGUGUUUAUUCAUUGAUAUUUGAUAUUGAAGUGAAUAUCAAUAAUUUGAAAUUUGAAUUGUGGACUACAGAUGGAGUGAUAGGAAACAUUAAUUUUUCCUCAAAUUUUCUAUAGCAUAAAGAAUUAUACAGAAAAAGGCUUAUGCAGUACAUAUAAUGGUUCUAGAUAAGCAUAAAUCAUUGUAAUGUCAAGUGAUAUCUAUAUAUAUAUUUAUAUGUAUAAAUAUAUAUACAGACCGUAUAUACAGUUAAAGGGCCUGUUCAGUGCUGUGAGUUUGCAACGUUGAAACAUUUAUAGCUUAUUGUAAAUAACAAUAUUUUUUUGAUUAAAAGAUGAUGGACCUAUGACAGAGUAAAGUUCUGCCGGACGUUAUCCUUCAUUACGAAAUAGAGGAGGUGCAGAAGGGAGUAUGAAAGUAUGGCAUGGGUAAACAUCAAAGAGAUCUAAGGGGCUCCUAGCAGCACUCAGAUCCCAGCAAUCCACUCUAAUUUCCCUCUUAAACUGCACAUACUGCUGAAUCAGAGGUAGAUUCUGUUCUUUUCAGUUCUUUACAACAGACUAUUCAGCCCCUCACCCCUGCUCCAUUGUGCGAUAUCAUGCUGAUAUUUUACAACAGCACCAAAUUCCUGUACUAACCCUAUACCCCUUAAUUCCUUUAAUUAUUUAUAGAAAACUUAACAACAUCAGUUAGAAUUCUCCAGCUGGUUGUUUCUAUCUUUUAUACAUAAAGCUCACUUAUUCAAUCUGCAGAAGAAUGAGGGAUGCAAUAAACUCAUUGACCAUCUCUCCCCAACUAAAUAUCAUUAAGGUAAGAUUAGAAGUGUCCAGAAGUAACAUUCAAUGUUGAACAAAUUAGAUGUGAAUAAUAUUCACAUCUAAUAAUAUUCACAUCUUCUAAAAUGGUUUGUACAAAGGGACCAAACAAUGAAAAAGUGAGCUUUCUCAUUUAUUAUAGUCAAGAGAAUAGGUGAGUGAUCUUGCUGUGGAAAUAUGCAUGGGAGUACAUAGAAAUUGUAACAUGAAGCUAGGCCAUCAGUCCAAUCAGUUCAUGCCAAUGUUUAUUCCUCCAUAUGCUAAAAUAGGUUAAACAACCUUGUUCUCAUAUCCCUUCAACUUCAGCCAUUCGAGACCUUAUCAUCAAUAUUGUCUAAUCUUCAAUAUUGAUAUAUGGUAAUUUUAGCCAAACUUAGAAUUAAGAUCCACAGAAAACAGAAGAGAUAUUUCAAAUUGACAUUGGAAACACCUGCAUUUAUUUUGUCACUUGCUUCUUUAUCAAUAUUGAGGAAAAUGUUUGUGUGAGUGAAAUCUCACCUUUUACCCACACCCAGUCCAUUUCCUUAGGUCAGAAGUUUAUCUAUGCACCAGAGAAUGAGUUAUACUCCGGAGCUUUACUGUUUACUCUCCUUAUCUACAAGUGUCUGCAAUGAAUUUGCAUUAUUUUUGACAUUCAUUCUCCGCAGUUUCACUCCUGAACAGGUCCUUUAAGAAUUAUCUGAGCAAAGUUGAAAGUAACUCUGAUCGUACUUGCUGUUGUACCUACUGCCAGCACUGUCAUUGCAGAGCACAUAGCCAAUUCAGAUUCUGGCAAGGUCUGGUCACCCUGCUCGUAUGUGAAUAUGUAGUUUAAACCCAUGUCUUGUGAUGUUUGCUUUAACCACAAAAGAUAUGUUUGACUGGAAUGUAAUAAAAUUCAAACAGAAUUAUAUUUCUAUAAUGCUAGGGUAAUGUAUAGAAUAUGAAUAAAGCAUAUAAGAGAAAUGAUAUUCCUCACUUGAGCAACAAUAUUCUGUUUUUCUCCCUAAACAAUAAUACUGGAUUUUCGGGAGCUGUGUUAUUUCAUUGAUUUUGUUUCAGAUUAUUAAUUAAUAAGAUUUGUGGACUUUGUUUUUGUUAAAGGGGUGAUUUAAUUUCUCAAAGAAUUAACUCAAACCAGUUGGAGAUUUGCUAUUAGCAUUGUAAUAUUUCAACCACUCUACUCUUUCUGUGAUGAGAGGCUCAGGGCCAAUUAAGGACAUUUGAAAAUAGAAGUGUGUUCUGCUUUAAAACUGCUUUUCUCAUGCUCCUCAGCUUUAAUAGUCAUUCUUGUGAAGCUCCCUCACUCGGGACUGGGCUACUUUGUAAUUCUGAACUUACAAAGUCUUCAGCAACACUAAAAAUUAUUACUGUGUUCCAGCUACCAGAUGCUGGGCACGUUGAUGUGUUGCUGCAUAUCAUUUUAAUUAAGAGGUAAUGGAUAACAAAACUAAUGCAGUUUCAUUUUGACAGCAUUGAUUAAUUGUCCCACCAUUGAUUUUUAUGAUGACAGUCACUGAGUGGUAGACUAAAAGCUACUUACAUUCCAGUUUUCAAUUUGAAAAUUAUACAUAUUAUACAUAGAUAUGUAUUUAUGUUCAUUCCACUUUUACCUUCUAAUUGCACUAUAUAAACUCAUCCUAACUUUUAAGCUACCCAUGUCUGGUUCCAAUUAAUUUUCUUUCUGACAUAGCAAAUUACUAUUUCUUUUCUGAAGACAAAUGGGCAGAUAUUAAAAAGGCUGAAGGUGCAACGUUCAUUUUCUGAUUGGCAGACCGAUAUAAUUUCAUGUAACAUUGCUGUAAAGACCAUUGUAAUAGUACAGCGGACUGGUAGAUCAUCACCGAGAAGUACUAAUACUUUCAAAGCAGAAAACGUAUGAACACACCACUUGACUAUAUUAAAAAUUUCUUCAGUCUGCAUUUAAGGUGAAAGGGCCUCCUGAUAUUUUUGAGUUCUGCAUCAAUAUAGAAAGAGAAAUGCAUAUUAUCUAGGUAUCAUGAAUGUGACUAACUCUCUUUUUCCAUUGUCUAUCAUGAAUAUUUUUGAAUUAGUUCUAACAAAACCACAGUAGAACAUUGUUUCCCGCACAAUGGCUACAAGUGUUUAACUGCGCUAUUGUUAGGAUAACGUCAUUCUUUUUGUUUCAGGUAAUUUCCUUGUUCAUGACUCUAUGUGGCAUCUAUGUUUUAUCAAAUGAGCUCUAAUAAAAUUAAACUCGAAUA